AUGGUUUUGAGUCGAGUUGCAUCACUUGCUGAGCCACCGGUUGUUCCAUCUUCUGGUUACUAUAGUACUAAUAAUUUCAAUCCCAAUAUGAUGGAAUUUACACAAAAUAAUCAAAUUUAUUUGGGAGAAUGGGAUGUGGUCGGAGUUGAGAAUUCACAUCAUCAAAUCCCAACAACCGUUUCAUCCCCUUCCUCUUCUACAAUAAAUCAAAAUCAAACUACGAGCGCAUCAGUGAUUGGAAAUUCUACAUCUCCGAAUCAUCCAAAUUCUCCUCCGGGUUCUAAUGGAAACCCUACAUCGAUUCAUCAGGAUCAGUCUUCUAAUUAUUUAUCUUAUCCUAUGAAUGAUGAUCAAAAUACUUCCAAUCUUUUGAUAAACGGUAGUCAUGACAUGAUAAAUAGUAAUGCCGUUCAGGGUCUAGGAGCUUUGGGACAAAAUGUCGUAGAUGGGACAAAUAUUAACGUUAACGGAAAUAACAUUGACAAUGAUCAUUCAACACAUCAAAUAAUGGUUCAACCUCAUCCUCAUCACCCAAUGCUAAUUCAAUCGACAAGUCAUUCUCAACCAUUUUCAAAUUCAUCCACAUCCACAUCAAAUCAUGUGUGGGUUCAACAGCAGCAAUGGUAA